CCAAGGGGAUGACACCAAACACCGGCCACGGUGUGUUUUUUCAGCCAUGGCUCCAAGUUUCCAGAGUCAAGACACAGCGGCCGGUCACCAGUCACGGCUGCGGCUGAAUGAGCUCCCGUGGAGAGAGAUAACGGUUUUGUUGUUCGCUAGAAUUCCAACCAAAUGCACAGAUGACUGAGUAAAUAAGAAUUAACGGUGGGAUAUGUUCUCCUCUUCAGUGGGUGAUAGUUUUCAGACAGUGCCUAAACAUCCUCGUGCUUCCGUGCUGGCCUAUGGCUCCUGAAGUCAGCACGUCCAGCUCCAGAGACUCGUAAACACUUGAGAAAAUCUCUGGAAACUCUGUGCUGGUCAGAGGUAAAGGCGACUCGGGCCAAGAUGAUCACCUCCCACACAAACGGAUAUGCACAGGAGCCUUACGGUCAGGGCAGGAGCCACAGGGAGAGAGCCGUGGACUGUCCAGGGGAGGAGAGCAGCCUCGUCAAAUCUCCACACAGCAGCAUCCAUAUGGAGAGGAUCCAGCACUACCAGGAAGAGCUGAAGAAGAGAAGAGAGGAAGAGGGCAGGGGGAGGCACGACAUCAACCCCGAUGCAUCUCUGAGACUCAGGAAGCUUUCUCAGAACCCCAAGGUGGGUAUUGACAAUCCCACCUUUGAGGGCAAGGAGAAGGCCGUCACAGACACAUGCUGCCCUGAUCCCCAGGCUGAGAUGGAGGAGCUGCUGCAGGCUGUGAGGUGGAUGCAGCAGCGGCUGACUGACACUGAGAGCCAGCAGGACGUGGAGCUGCUGCUGCAGCUUCUCAACAAGGACCACUUCAAAGAUGCCUACACCAUCUUCAGUGCCGUGUCCCAGCCCACGGGUAGAGUCACGCCCAGCUCAGCUCUCACCUUACAGGCACAGGAUCUCUGCCAGGAGGUCCAGAAGAUUCUCCAGUCCAGCCCAGAGAGGGAAGGCCCAGAGCUCAGGGCUCUGCUCACGCAUCCUCACCUGCAGGCACUGGUGCAGGCUCACGACAGUGUGGCGGAGCAGGAGUCGGCCGAGGGUCAUGUGACCCAGUACCUUGGAGAGACGGUCAAAGUGGUGCGGUUGGAGAAAACGUGUGACACUCCGCUGGGGGCUACAGUUCGUAACGACGUGGACAGUGUGGUGGUGAGUCGGGUGGUUAAAGGUGGGGCGGCAGAGCGCAGUGGCCUCCUCGGCGAGGGAGACGAAAUCCUGGAGGUCAAUGGGAUUCCCAUACGUGGGAAACACGUCAACGAAGUCCACGACCUACUGCAACAAAUGCACGGCACCCUGACCUUCGUCCUCAUCCCCAGCUCUCAGAUGAAACCUACUCCACACCGACAGACUGUGGUUCACGUUCGAGCUUACUUUGACUACGACCCCUGUGACGACCCCUUUGUGCCGUGUCGGGAGCUGGGCUUUUCCUUCCAGAGAGGAGACAUCCUCCACGUCAUCAGUCAGGACGACCCCAACUGGUGGCAGGCCUACAGGGAUGGAGAUGAGGACAACCAGCCUCUGGCUGGACUCAUUCCAGGGAAAAGUUUCCAGCAUCAGAGAGAGUCCUUGAAGAAAACCUUAACAGAGAGGAGUCAGGAGCAGCAAGGGAAGAAUUGGUAUUCAAAGAAGAACAAGAAACAGAAGAAGAAGAACAAGACCAACGUCAGUAAAAACACUGACCAUGACGACAUCCUGACAUACGAGGAGAUGUCGCUCUAUCACCAGCCUUCUAAUAGGAAACGACCCAUUGCUCUGAUUGGUCCUGCUAACAGCGGACUCGACGACCUGCGACGCAGACUUCUGACCCAGGAACCUGAAAAGUUUGCUGUAGCGGUGCCACACACCACCAGGAACCCGAGGACGCAUGAACGAAACGGAUGUGAGUACCAUUUUGUGAGUCGCGCCGUCUUUGAAACUGACCUGGGUUCAGGGAAGUUCAUCGAGUCAGGAGACUAUGAGAAGAACCUGUACGGGACCAGCACCGAUUCAGUCCGACACGUCAUCAACUCUGGACGAAUCUGUUUACUGUGUCUGCACACAAGGUCUCUACGAGUUUUGCGGUCUUCAAACCUCAAGCCCUACGUCAUCUUCAUCGCUCCUCCUUCUCAGGAACGACUACGAAUCCUGCUGGCCGCCCAGGGUAAAACACCAAAGCCAGAGGAGCUGAAGGAGAUGAUCGAGAAGGCCCGGGAGAUGGAGCACUAUUUCGGUCACUACUUCGAUGCCACCAUCGUGAACACAGACCAGGACCAGGCCUUCCACGAGCUGCGCAGGCUGAUCGACAAGCUGGACACGGAGCCACAGUGGGUCCCCACGUCCUGGCUCUGCUAGAGGAUCUGGAGGAUCUGAGCCGACCGAGGAAUCUCAGGGAGAGAGGGAUUAAAAAAAAAAA